CGGGCGUCGCGUUGCCAUGGCGGCCCCAGGGCUCGCCUCGCUCGGGCCGGGCCCGUACCGCCGUCCUCGCAGGGACAGGCGGCUCGUUCUCAGCGCGGUGACAGGGAGAUGUAUCCCUGCGGUUUCUUUUGCACGUAGAUACUCGAGCCUCGGGCCGGUGCCUGCUCGGCCGUACUGCCCGCCUGAGCGUUGGCCUCGCCGCCGGGAUCUGCUGAGGGUGCGGCAGACCUUCGAGACCGAGCGUGACUAAGGCGGGGAGCUGGCGGCGGGGAGCAGAGGAGGGCGUGAGGGGGACGGCGUAAGGAUAAGAUGUGCGACUGAUCCAGGGGGUGAAAUGCCUCCCCUGAGAGGGCGGGCUGAGAGCUGGGGCUGGUCAGCCUGGAGGAGGGAAGGCUCCAGGGAGACCUGAGAGCAGUUUUUCAGGAUCUAAAGGCGGGCUAUAAGAAAGAAUGGGGCAUGCUCUCCAUCUGUGUAUGGACAAAGGGAAAUGAUUUCAGACUAAGAGAGGGGAGAUUUAGGUUGGAUAUAAGGAAGGGGUUUUUUACAACAAGGAUAGUGAAGCAUUGGAAUACGUUGGCUGGAGAUGUGGUGGAUGCCCGUCCUUGGAGAUGUUCAAGGUCAGGCUGGACAGGGCUCUGAGCAACCUGAUCUAGCUGUGCUGUCCCUGUUCUCUGCAGGGGAGCUGGCCUAGAUGACCUCUAAGGGUCCUUUCCAACUCAAACAAUUCUAUGAAAGUGAGAAGCAGAUCAUUAAAGGUCAGGGCCCAGCUGGGCUGAGGCAGAUCAGGGUGUUCUGUGGGCUCUCCCAGGACAGUCUGUACGGACAGCUGUGAGACUUUGAGUUCCUUCAAUGUUCGUGCUUCUGAGAUAUGUAGUACAGCAAAACAACUGAAAAGCGCCAGCGGGGAAUUAAGAGUUCAGGUCGUUUACCAAAGCAAUACAUUCUUGGGCUUGCACAAUCCAUCGUGAUGCACCUCACCCAAAAGGAAAAUGCAGUAGGAAAGCAACUUCCUAUAACUGCCAUGCAACCUUCAGCGUAGACCUAAUUCUGCAGUUUAAGACUCUUGUUCAGUUACAGCUUUAGUGCUAUAAAACAUGCCCCUGCAAUCAGCGUUAUCCCUCGAUGUAGGACCCGAGGCUGCCAGUCAAGUCCCUGCAUGCUGCUCAGCUCGCUACAAUCUGGCACUGCUGGCCUUUUUUGGGUUCUUCCUUCUGUAUGCAUUACGUGUGAACCUAAGCGUUGCUCUGGUGGACAUGGUGGAACCUAACACGAGCUUAGCAAAGAAUACAACUUCCAAUGUGUGUCCAGAGCAUUCCUCCACCAUAAAUGUUCCUCGCAACACAACGGGCAAAAAGUAUUCUUGGGAUGCUGAUACUCAGGGGUGGAUCCUUGGUUCUUUUUUCUAUGGCUAUAUCAUUACUCAGAUUCCAGGUGGAUAUCUUGCAAGCAAAAUUGGAGGGAAGCUCUUGUUGGGGUUUGGCAUCUUUGGUACCUCCGUGUUCACCUUGCUUACUCCAUUAGCUGCAGAUCUGGGAGUUGGCUACCUCAUUGCUGUCAGAGCCUUGGAAGGACUGGGAGAGGGUGUUACCUUCCCAGCAAUGCAUUCAAUGUGGUCUUCUUGGGCUCCUCCCCUGGAACGCAGCAAACUCCUUAGUAUUUCAUAUGCAGGUGCACAGCUGGGAACUGUUGUCUCUCUGCCACUGUCUGGUUUAAUUUGCUACUAUAUGAACUGGGUUUACGUGUUUUACAUAUUUGGUGCCCUUGGUGUAUUGUGGUUCUUCUUCUGGAUGUGGCUGGUUAGUGAUAAACCAGAAACUCACAAGAGUAUUUCACGUACUGAAAGGGAAUAUAUUCUUUCUUCUCUAAAAGACCAGCUCUCUACACAGAAAUCUGUUCCCUGGAGACCUAUACUGGAGUCCCUUCCACUCUGGGCUAUUGUUGUAGCCCAUUUCUCCUAUAAUUGGACUUUCUAUACACUUCUCACACUCUUACCCACAUACAUGAAGGAGAUCCUGCGGUUUGAUGCACAGGAGAAUGGCUUUUUAUCUGCGCUCCCUUAUUUUGGCUGCUGGCUUUGUAUAAUUCUGUCUGGGCAAAUUGCUGAUCAUUUACGAGAAAAACAGAACUUCUCCACUGUUUGUGUUCGCAAAUGUUUUACCCUAAUAGGAAUGAUUGGACCUGCAGUGUUCUUAGUAGCGGCUGGGUUCAUAGGAUGCAACUAUGAGCUGGCUGUUGCUUUUGUGACCAUAUCAACAACACUAGGAGGGUUUUGUACGUCUGGCUACAGCAUCAACCAUCUGGACAUAGCACCUUCAUAUGCUGGAAUUCUUCUUGGGAUCACAAAUUCUUUUGCUACUAUCCCAGGAAUGGUGGGACCAGUUAUUGCUAAGAACCUCACUCAUAAUAAUACUGUGGGAGAAUGGCAGACAGUUUUCUAUAUUGCUGCUUCCAUUAAUCUAUUUGGAGCAAUUUUCUUUGCAUUAUUUGCAAGUGGAGAAGUUCAGGACUGGGCAGUCAGUGGUUAUCACUUCCAUAGAAACUGAAGGAGGCAUUGAAAUACCAAAGCUGUGCUGAAUCCCAAUGUGCUAGAACUACGUGACCAGAAAAGUGCCUUCCCAAUUGAUGCCUAGGAAUCUUCAGAGCUUUUAAGUUAAACUAUUUUAUCUGUGUAUCUUUUGUACUGAAAAUCAUUUGACAAUGUAUGUGUGUGCUAUUUCCAGACAAGAGACUACUUAGAUUAAAUUGAAUUUAGUUUCAUGCUAGAACUUGAUAUCAAAUGUAUGAUCAGAGACAGCAUUUCAAAUCAGUGUACUAAGAUCCAUUUCCUUCCAGUUCUUAAUUAAUGUCUUCUGAAUUAAUGUUUAGGCAAAUAUUUGCUGAUACCGAAAUAAGAGGAAAAAACCAAGGUGAUUAUGUAGCACUGUGAGGAGGAGUGACAUGCAAAUAAUUGUACACAAAAAGCAACAUCUUGAUUUCUGUGAUGAUAUUAAUAGGUUUUUGCUUUUUAAAACGCUAAAAGAUUUCUAGUCUUCUACAAUCUCUACAAUCUUUUGUAAACUUUUAUUUUGUUAGUGUUCUAAUUGAUGUCUAAGAAAUGCACACUUGAUUGUUACUCUAUUUUACGCACAAGUUUUCAAAUGGAAACAUUCCCUGUUUCAGGACUACAGCUUCACAAUUAAUACAGAGCAGUGAGGAAGUGAAACAUACGAUUGUGACUGACAGAAUAAGCCAUGUGUUACUGUUCUCUGUGGUGCAGGUGUUUUUAAAUAGGCCUUAUUUUUAUUCAAAAAUGUGCAAAGAAGCAGCAGUGCAACUCUGUACACUGCCUAGAUUUAAACCACAAGAGUGAACUAGAAAUAGAAUAUCGACAUGUUUACAUGAUGAUAACUUUCAAUUUGGCAGUUCACUUUUUUGUCAGUUAAAAUCAAUGCAGUGGAAUUAUUUCUUCUUUCACGUAUAUAUAUCUAUAUGUAUUUGUCAGCUUCACAGUGUAAAUGCAAUCAAAUAAGGCUAUUGUAGGGAAUAAAUAAGGAAAAUCAGUUCACUUCUGCAAUAGCUUUGUCGGGUAGAAUAGAAAGAAUUAGUGCAAUAUCCUGAUGCUAUUAGUCUCCCGUCAGCAUAGAAUUUGACACUCAAGAGCAUUCUUUGCACAACGUACAAUUAAAUGCCACACUAGGAUUAAAUGAAGUCUGUUAAAACAGUGGCCUAGAUAAGAACAAAUGGCUGAAUAAUCUUGUAGUCACAAAGCAAAGGAAAAUUCCUGUGCCAAAGAUUCCUGGAUUGGAGCAACUAGGUAAAAAAGAAAAAAAAACACUGGGCUCUGGGCUUUUCGUUUACCACCAGUGCAAAAGAAAAGCCCAGUACUAACACUGCUCCAGUGGAGCCUACCUUCCUUCAUUUCUAGGAAAUGGCAUCUGCCUCUUCUUUUUAGCUUUAAGAGCCAUUUUGUUUUGACCUUACUUGAAGUGUCGUGUUCUCUGAUGGUGAAACUAUGUUAAAAUCUGUUUGUCCGCGGCAUUUCCACAAUAAACAAUGUGAGCUUCAGAUGAAAUUAGUGGUUGUUCAGUGGGAAUAUGUUAAAGCUAUGUUGAAUCUUCAGCAAUUCCACAGUAAGUGGAACAAAUAUUUACAUGUGCAUCCAUUGAAAAUAACCAUCUCCCUGAAGUUAGAACUCCAUCCUCAAAGUACUCUGAACAAGAUUGGUAACUGGAUUAAGAGAUGAUUAAUAUUUCCCUGGGAAAUCACCUGCUUCAGGAAUUUCUUGUCCAGCUUUACAAGUGAGUACUAUCAUCUUUCUGAUAAUAUAUUAAAAAUAGUAACUUUGCUUUGUGUCCGCAGAAGUUUAUGCUUUUUAAGUUUGAGUUUUUUAAUCAUUUAAUUUACUUAUUAAAGUCAAAGUUACUGAAAAAGCUAAAUGAGGUAUGAGUUAAUUUAUGGUGUCGUAAUAUUUUCAGUUAAUACUUUCAGUUUGGCUUUCUAAGUUGCAUGCACAUACUUCUGGCUUGUGUUGAGCUUUUCAUCCAUUAGUAUCCCCAACUUCUUCUGCACAGAGCUGCUAUUGGUGUUUCUAUCACAUUGUCAAGAUCCUGUUGGCACAGUCCUCUCAUUCAGUUUCAUCUCUGAUCAGAAAAGUGCUAAUGAUUUCUGAGUGCCUCUGUUCUCACUGACAAGGGAUCUUGACUAAAAAUGGUCAGUUUCUUGUGGUGACUGAUUUUUUUCUUUCCUGAAAACAAACUAAAAUGAUUAUUUUUUUGCUGCAUUUCCUUAACAGAUAUACCAGAGUAAAAAGGUGUGUUCUCCAUUCCAUCAAGAAUCUUAAUUAGGAUGUCUACGUGGAAUGAGGGAAGUUGUAUCAAAAAUCAGAUCGUGCCCAUUUCAAAGCAGAAACUGAAGCACUGCUUUGGAAGCUUGUCUUAGUGUUGCCAGAUACUUCUCCUCAGUGUUUCCUUCUGACACAGUUUUGCUUUAAUAUUUCACAGAACAUUCAAUAUAAAGCUCUACCAGUGUCAGAAACAGAUGCAGUUGCACUUAGCAAAAUAUCCUACAGCAUGUGUUCUCAGUAUUGAUCUGAGAUCUGAACUAUGGCUUUUUUCAACCUGGAAAAGUCCCUUCAUCACUCUUCUCAAAAAAAAGACCAAAAACUAAUUGGUUUUUGUUGUUGUUGUUUUUUGUCUUUUCAGUUCAUUGUUCAUUGUAAGAGGGCUAACUUUUAAUCACACCUCUUAAAGUCUUAAGCAUUUGUUACCCAAAAACAUUACUUAAUUUACAUAGUCUUAUUCAGUGAUAAACUAAUGAAGGUUUAUAUAGCUCUUAGUACCACACUGGGUUCCAUGCAUAGUGCUUCCUCAUCUGCAUGUUCCUCUGUAACUGGUGACAGCUGUGUUCUCUGUUUGGAACGGUUGUCUUAGUUCAUUUUCCAUCAGUUGUGUUCACCUGUAUUCCAUCUUUUUUUUUUUUUCUGGCUUAUUUUUUUCAUCACUUAUUUGCCAGUUUCUCCUCUUCAACUUUCUGUGUAUGUUUGAUUUCUUGAUAAAUAAACUAACCUGUAAGUCUAACAAGUCUUCCAAUGUUUGUAGUGUUUGCCAAGAAAGAAAGCUCUGUAGAUGAGGAAGCCUACACAUUACAAAGGUAAGUGAAGCAAAGUUCGUAUGUAAGGGCAGUAUCUUCUGUUAGAGCAGUUGCAGCUUCUAAAAGAGAUGCUUUUAAAUAUCAAGAGAAUACCAUCACAACACAGUAAUAGCACUGUGUUUUGAAAGACAUUAGAGAGAGUACUAUCUUAAGGGGGCUUCCCAUUUCUCCUGUGUACCUGUGUCUCAAAAAGCCUAAUGUCUGCUCUUAAAUAAUGUGAGGUAAGAGCAGUCAAAUCAGUCAGAAUACAUAAAUCAAAAUAAUAGCUGCUGGCUGACCAAAUCCUGUUUUGAGACUUCUCAGUAAAGAUGCUCUUAGUGCAGGAGCAUUGACCUGAGUUAUACUGAAGAAAGUAUGUCUGAGGUGGAGCUAAUUAGUCAUGAAUGAGUUGGUACAGAUGUGUUUUUGCUAUUACUGUGCUUAUGAAAGAAAACACCACAUUAGUAGUAGUAUAUAUCAAUAAUGAAGCAGAUAAUCCUGAACUCAUAAAGAUGAUCUUGUAUUUGAGUAGUUGGUUAGCCUCAUUUCACUUGCUUUUCUGUAAAGAAAUAUAAUGAGCCAUUAAUGCAUUCGUUUACUCCAAAUCAGAGCGUGCUUGAGUCAAAUCUAAGUUUUGUAAAUCUUCCUACUUUAUUCAUAUAACAAUUACUAAUAUUUCUAUGAUUUGGUAUCUAAUAGGCUGUGUGGUUUUACUUCUGAAAACACAGCUUCAGAGAGGGUUUAUUUCUUUUUGUUUUAUGUGAUGGUGUAUAUAGUCAAUUGCAGAAGUAAUUCUUGCCAUAUUUAAUGUAAGUAAAACAGUGACUUACGUUUAUUUGAAUUUCUCGCCCUGUACCCAGUUGAGAUACAUAUAGCCCCAGUAAUGGUUUUAGGUGAAGGUGUUAGUUAUCCACAUUCUGUAAGAUUUGCAUAUCCAGAAGGAACUGCAAGACGACACCAGCAAUUAUUUAAAUCCCAGUGCCAUAGCAAGUGGGUGGGGGAUACAAAGGCAUACAAUAAGAUAAAGAAUAAAAAUGUUAGCUUGAGUGAGAAUCUAGAGACCCUCACAGUUAGAUCACCAUUUCAGGUUUUCCUUUCCUCUUUCAUAAAAUUCUUCCUCUGCUGCCAUAAUGGUGGUUGGUCAUAUUUUUAUACUGAAACUGUAUAUAUACAAUUCAACUUCUCAGGACAGAUGUGAGUGAAUUUCAUCAGCUUUCUAUUGUGUAAAAACAUUGAUCUGAUUUAAUCUUCGUAAUCUCUGAGAAGCUGAAAUGUGUAUCUAGCCAAUAUAGUUUUCAAGGAUCAUAACUCAAU